CAGAAAAACCAAUACGGAAUUAUAACAAAAUGGAGGAAUGCUAGCUGAUGGAAAGUAGAGCUCUAAAGUUAACCUUCAAUUUAACAGAGAAAUCUUCAAAUUAUAGAUAAAACAUUAUGGCUGACAGACGCGACCGUGAUGGCAAUACAACCAUGAGGCUUUCAUUGCUGCUAUUAUCAGCAUUGGUUGGACUAAGUUUACAACAAUGUGACCCGAAAAGAUGUACCAUUCCCAACUGCCGCUGUUACGACGAUCGUACUAUACCCGGUAGUUUAUCGAAAUCAGAAACACCACAGAUCGUAAUGGUGUCGUUUGAGGGAACAAUAAACUCGGAUAACAUAAAGGAUUAUCUACCAAUUUUUCAAAGUGUUACUAAUCCAAAUAAUUGUCCUGCUAGAGGAACAUUUUUCAUUGAAGAUUCUGGGACAGCGUACGAUCUAGUAAAAGACAUCAGUAGUGAUGGCCAUGAAAUUGGGAUAUCGUCGGUUGACGGGAAUGCCCCGAGUUCUUCUACUGGCUGGAUAGAUAUGAUCAAAAAAGUAUCCUCGGAACUUGAAGGACACAAUAUUGAUUUAAAGGAAGUGAAAGGCGUGCGAGCACCACAACUUGCAAUGGGUGGAAAUGCUGAGAUGACUGGUAUCGGUAGCAGCAACCUAUUAUAUGAUUCAUCAUGUUCAAGCGUGUCAUUCUCUUCUGCAAACACGUUAAUCUGGCCGUACACGUUUGACUACAUGCCGACAGCUGCUUGUGAUAACGGAAACGCACCUUCUUUGCCUUUCCCAGGGAGGUGGGAAGUGCCAAUAGCAGAUCUACAUGAUAUCAAUGGUGACAAACUACCUUGUGUUGUACCUUCUGGUUGCCGGAACAUAACAACGAAAAGGGACGCUUUCGACAUAUUUUUUAAUGCAUUUGCAGGUCACUAUAAUGGUAUCGAGAGCUCCAUUUCUUAUGAUUGUUGAUCCUUCUUGGGCAAGUAACCAGGACAAACGGGACGGAACAG